UACAAAAUAUGUUCUUGGAAGGAUUGGCAGCGAUAUAAACAGUUAGAAACAGAAAAACGAGAAUCACAAGAGAAAGAAAGAUUACAGUUGAUUAACAAACUGAGUUUAACGUGCCGCAGUGCUUUAGAUGAAGAAAAGGAAAAACUGAAUGAGACAGAUCCAGAGUUGGCAAAUUUAUUAACUGAUGAAUUUCUUCUAGAAUAUCAGAAACAAAGAAUGAAAGAAAUGCUUGCAAAAACAGAAAAACAUUGUUUUGGAAGAGUUAUCGAUUUGGAGAACACAGAUCAGUUUCUACAAGCCAUUGAUGAAGAAGACAAGUCAAUAAUUGUUAUCGUUCACAUUUACGAGGAUAAUGUAUCUGGCUGCGAAGCCAUGAAUGGGUGUUUAAUAUCUCUUGCAGAAGAAUACCCUUACAUCAAAUUUUGUAAAAUUUUAGGCUCAAUUGCAGGUCUCAGCAAACAAUUCAAAAAAUUUGGUGUACCAACAUUGCUGGUGUACAAAAAUGGACAAGUAAUAGGAAACUUCAUUCAUGUUACGGAUCAUCUGGGAGUAGAUUUUUAUUCAUCGGACGUGGAAACAUUCCUUAUCGAACAUGGGAUUCUCGCUGACAAAAAUUGCAUACCUCUUAUUGUUUUGAAGAAUGAAAAUAGGGUUUCCGAUAGAGAGAGCGAAUAAAAAGUUAUUCUGUUUAAGAUAAUUCAUUAAUACAGUUUAAUAAAUCAAAAUAACUUACUUAAUAACACUUAUGCCAUACAAUAUUUAUCAAGAGUUUAUU